CUCUCACCGUCUCACGGGCAUAAACAAGAAUGCGAAUGGCUACAAAGACACACCAUUGCUAAAAUUCAAAACAAGGAAUACAGCAUAAGGGGUACUACUGUAAUUACACACCCCAACGCAAAACGUGGCGUCAGAAGACAGGACCAACAACAGCUGUUACAGUUUCUGUUCAUCCUAUAUUCUCAAUCUUGCCCUCCAACCUUCCUUUGCAAUUACAACACAGUGCCACUUCCUCUCUCUCCUUUCUCUCACUCUCAUCUCUCUCUCUCCUCACCGGUUAGCUAAAGUUUUACGUUUCCCGAUCUCUCUCUUCUCUCACGCGCUUCUCAUUCUCACCUUCGCCACGCGACAAUGGCGGUUUCAGCUCCAACGCUUCUUCUCUAGAGACUGUAAAAGAGUUUCAGUUUUUCCUUUUUUUUUUAGCUACGUUGCGUUCGGUUGUUGGAACCUUCUUUUCGGGUGACGUUACCGAGAAAAAGGAAAAAGAGAAGUGAGUUAGGUUCUUGUGGCUUUUGGAUUGGGGCUUUUUUAGAAGGGUUUUUUGUAGUUACUAUUUUGCCCCUAGGGUUCGUGGAGUUUUCGAUUUUAGGAGAUGAAUCGCAGUUUCAGGGCUCAAGAAUCGCAAAUGCAAGGUGCAUUGAAGCAGAGGCAGCAACAAUUUGGGGGUUUGAGGGGUUCUUCUGCCGCGAAAGAGAAGGACGAGGAACUCGCAUUGUUCCUUGAGAUGAAGAAACGCGAGAAGGAGCGCAACGAUCUUCUGCUUCACACCUCAGAAGAGUUCGAUUCAGCUCUCGGUUCAAAUUCGAAUCUGAGUACUUCUCCAAUAUUCAACAUUUCUUCAUCAACGCCGGCACCUAUGAGGAAGACCGGUGCUGAUGAUUUUCUCAAUUCUGAAAAUGAUAAAAAUGAUUAUGACUGGCUUUUAACUCCUCCUGGUACUCCUCUUUUUCCAUCUCUGGAGAUGGAAUCUCGAAAGACUGUUAUGAGUCAGCUUGGAACUCCAGCUGCACGUCCCACAGCAGUAAAAUCUAGAUUGGCAAAUCCUCAGUCUGAGCCUGCUGGCAGGACAAACUUAGUAUCUAAACAAUCAGCUUCCUCCCCAUUGAGCUCUUCAAGUGGUGGAACAAGGAGGCCAUCUUCGUCAGGAGGUCCUGGAUCACGGCCUGCAACUCCUACUGGCCGUCCUACCUUGACCACAACUUCAAAACCAUCAAGGCCUUCAACACCUACUCGGGCUACUUUAUCUUCAUCUAGGACUACAGUUCCUACAUCCAAGACUAUAAUUUCCACAAACAGGUCGGCAGUUUCUGCCACCAAGACUUCCACCUCUGCUACUAAGAUCGCAACUCCUGCAGCUAAAUCCACCAUUCCAUCAAGAUCCUCUACCCCUUUGUCAAGAUCUACAGCAAGAUCAUCAACACCAACUAGCCGACCUACUUUGCCUCCUUCCAGGUCCACAUCAAGAGCAUCUACCCCUACUCGGCGACCAUUGACACCAUCAAGUGAACUCAAUGUUUCUUCGUCUUCAAUUAAGAUUCCUUCAAACUCCAGGCCAGCUUCUGCAACAUCAAGGCAGCCUGCUACUGCAACAUCAAGGCAGCCAGCCCCUGUGACAUCAAGGCAGCCAGCUCCUGUGACAUCAAAGCCGGUACCGUCACGUGGCACUUCACCAACAGUGAGAUCUAGACCAUGGAAGCCAUCUGAAAUGCCAGGUUUUUCACUUGAUGCUCCACCCAACCUAAGGACAACACUUCCUGAUAGGCCACUGUCAGCAACUAGGGGCAGGCCUGGAGCACCUACUUCUCGGUCUUCAUCUAUUGAGCCUGCUUCCACUGGAAGACCCAGACGGCAAUCGUGUUCUCCUUCAAGGGGGCGAUCAUCCAAUGGAAUUGCUCACAUCAGCGGAAAUUCUAUGCCAGCAGUUAGCCGUGGGCAUUCCAAAGUGAAUGAUAAUGUCAGUCCUGUUGUAAUAGGGAACAAAAUGGUCGAGAGGGUAAUAAAUAUGCGAAAACUAGCACCACCAAUGUCUGAUGACAAAAACUCUCCCCUUAGUAAUUUGUCUGGCAAGUCCACUUCAUCUCCAGAUAGCUCGGGCUUUGGAAGAACACUUUCAAAGAAGUCCUUGGAUAUGGCUAUUAGGCACAUGGAUAUAAGGAGAACAAUUCCAGGCAAUUUACGGCCAUUAAUGACAAACAUUCCAGCUUCUUCUUUGUAUAGCGUGAGGUCAGGUCCUCAGCGUGGUCGAACAAUUAGUGUUUCAGGCAUUUCAGGAUCUCCUCAUGCUACAAGCAGUAACGCCAGUUCUGAAGUGAGUGUAAACCAAAAUGGUCUUUGUUUAGAUAGUAGUGAAGUAGAUGAUGAUAUAGGCAGCGAGAGAUGUGGCCAGUCUCCUGCCAGUGUAAGAGGCAGGUAAACUGUUCUACGUUCUCACAUAGGAAACUGCAUAUACCUACAAAUUAGUACCAGUGUUCUUAUCCUUAGUUUCAGCCAUAUCGGAUUUGCAUAUGGAGCUAACAUUGCUUCUACUUAUGUAAAGCUUAUUGAAAGUGAUGUAACAUCAUGUAAUGGGUAUCUCUGAUUUAGGUAGAUUGCUUGUAUGUCAUUGUUAUGGAGGCAGAAACAAGCUGAGGUUAAUAUUCUA